AUGGACACUGAUGAAUUUCGUCUUCGAGGUAAAGAGAUGAUCGAUUAUAUUGCUGAUUAUCUCACUAAUAUUAGUCAACGCCGAGUUACACCUGAAGUUGAACCAGGCUAUUUACGUCCAAUGUUACCGAAAAAUGCACCCGAUGAAUCUGAAUCAUGGAAUGACAUAAUGAAAGAUGUUGAAAUAGCCAUAAUGCCGGGUAUAACACAUUGGCAACACCCACGUUUUCAUGCUUAUUUUCCAGCCGGCAAUAGUUAUCCAUCAAUAUUGGGUGAAAUGUUAUCUGCUGGUUUAGGUAUUGUAGGCUUUAGUUGGGCUGCAAGUCCAGCAUGCACGGAACUUGAAACAAUAAUGCUCGAUUGGCUUGGACGAAUGAUGGCUUUGCCGAGGGUAUUUUUACCGUUCGAUAUCAAUCGUGAUUAUAAAGAUAGCGAUGAUGAAACAAAUUCAGACACGGACUAUGAAUUGAGUGAUGUUGAUAAUGAUGAUGAUGUUUCAGACGUUGCCGUUAAAGAUGAAUUAAUCAUAAAUGGAAAGAAAAAUAGACACAAAGGUGGAGGUGUUCUGUUGGGUUCGGCUAGUGAAUGUGUACUAGUAGCCAUGUUAUGUGCUCGUGCAAAAAAAAUUGCUAGUAAACGUUUAACAGAUCCAUUAAUUGAAGACGGGCAAGUGUUAUCGAAACUGGUGGCUUAUACAUCAAAACUGGCACAUUCAUGUGUUGAAAAAGCCGGUCUGAUCGCUGUAAUUAAAGUUCGACAAUUAUAUGUUGAUGAACAUUACUCGUUACGUGGUAAAGUCUUGGAAGAAUCGAUCAGAGUAGACAAGGAAAAAGGAUUAAUACCCUUUUUUGUAUCUGGUACAUUGGGCACAACAUCAUGCUGUUCUUACGAUAACCUCGAAGAAAUUGGUGAAAUAUGCCGUCGUGAACAAUUAUGGUUUCAUGUUGAUGGUGCCUAUGCUGGAAGCGCAUUUAUUUGUGAAGAAUUUCGUUAUCUUAUGAAAGGCAUACAAUAUGCGGAUUCCUUUAAUACGAAUCCAAACAAAUGGUUAUUGAUGAACUUCGACUGUUCGUGUUUUUGGGUACGAGAUAAAUUUGCAUUAAUAAAUGCAAUGUCUGUAGAUCCACUCUACUUACAACAUAAACAUGCACAAAAAGCAGUUGAUUAUCGUCAUUGGGGAGUUGCCCUCAGUCGUCGUUUUCGUGCAUUAAAAUUAUGGUUUACAAUUCGUAGUUAUGGUGUUACUGGUUUACGCCACUAUGUUCGAGAACAUUGUCGAUUAGCUAAAGUUUUUGAAGUGUUGAUAAGAAAGGACAAUCGUUUUGAAAUAAUUGGAGAUGUAACACUUGGCUUAGUCUGUUUUCGAUUGAUUGGUAGCAACAAGCUUAGUCAGAAAUUGCUAUUAUCAUUGAAUGAUUCUGGUAAAAUUCAUAUGGUCCCAUCAAUGGUUAAAGAACUUUACAUAAUUCGUUUUGCUGUUUGUUCAAAAUAUGCUACUGAUGAUGAUAUGCGUGUAGCAUUUGAUAUAAUUCAAACGCAUGCCAAUGAUGUUAUUCAAGAAUAUAAGGCGAUGCGUGGUGGUCGUCUCUCAUCUACAUCCAGUGAUUCUCUAGAUUUAUUAUCAAAAGUGCCACCAUCUACAUCAACAAUUGGUGACACACCGGAACCAACAACAGCUGUCUCAGAUGAAACAAAUAUACCCGAUCAAAUAUUAACAAAUUCCACGGCUGCCGUUGUCCCUUCUGUGCCUCAACAACAACCAUUAACACCGACAAAACCAAAAGUUACGUUUGAAAAAACAGCUCUAAUCAAUAAACGUCCACGUGCCAUGUUUACACGAAUGGUUUCAGAUGCCAAAUUAUAUUUACCAAAACGCACAUUGUCACAAAUAUCCCGUCAAGCGUCAUUAGCCAAUCCACGUACUCGAAAACGAAUGCAGAGCGAUGCAAAUGGUCCUAGAGCUCGUUCAUCUUCAGAACGUUAUUUAGCACGAACUGUAUCAAUUUUGGAAACGGUUAAUAGUGAUGGAGAAUUAGAAGAAUAA